GACAUUUUUCAUUUGGAGAUGUUCUGGAAGCUGAUGGUGGCUUGAAUAGUUGGGUGCAGUUUCUGAAAAUUAGGAAAAUUUGAGGAAAAUAUUGAUUAAAACUACAGAAAGUUUAAUUCUGCGAGCUAAGGUCCCGUUGCAGGUCGUCAACCCUCGCCACGAUGACGUUCGGCUCGCGCGAGUUCUCGAAAGAGGCCAAAUCGGCGAUCGCCGUGAUGCGCUCGCUGAUCAUCUCGGAGAAGGGAACCUCGUCGUUGUUCCGGAUCCUGGGUGAUUUUCGCAAGGAGGAAGGCCACCCGCUCAUGUACAAGGACUUUGGCUACCGGUCGGCGGCCGAGUUCCUGGAAGCGACCGGUGAGUUUAUCCUCCGCGAGCAGAACGGCGAGGUCGUGGUGUUUGUCAAGCCGAGCGAGGAGUCCAGCCACAUCCAGAAGAUGAUUGCGGCCCAAAAAACAACGAAAAAGCCGGCGAAGAAACCGGCGUUCGCAAUGACCUGGAACAAGACGCCGUACCAGACGAACCGGUACCCGGGUGGACAGAACAAGUUUCAGGCCUAUCCGCAGCAAUCGAAGCCGCAGUACUAUCAACAGCAGUCAAAGCCGUACUAUUCUUAUCAGCAGCAGCCUGCGAAGACUUCCUUCAGUGGGGCCACUGCUUACAGCCAGCAGCAGUCGGCGAAGCCAUCGUACCAACCUCAGCAGCAGCCAGCCAAGACUUCCUUCCUGGGAUUUAACCAACAGCAAUCGAAACCAGCCACCACACUCUACCAGCAGCAGUCGGCAAAGCCAUCGUACCAGCCUCAACAGCAUCAGCAGCAGAAGCAGUCUAAGCCGGCUUCAUCGUACCAACAGCAGCAGCGCUUCAAGAACCCCAACAACCCGUUGAGCUCGUUUUUCGGAAACGGUUACGGAAGUAAGGCCGCAACGGGCACCCAAAGUCAGUCCGUCGUCCCGCCGAAACCCGCUCCGACGCCAAAGGUUGCUCCUCCUCCUGCGGAAACGCCAGCCAGGCCAGUCAACUCGACGAAUCCGUUCCAUCAAGCGCAGACGAAUCCCUUCGUCAAGCCCGAACAACCCGCGCCAGCUGCUUCCGCUCCGGUCAAGAUGGACACUGCGCCGCCGGCAGCUUCGCCGAAACCCGUUCAACCGCAGGUCGCCACGCCGUCGCCGCAGGUCAUUGAUGAACAGAAAAUGGACACCACUGAGAACGAUGCCGUGCCCGUCGUCCGAGCCAUCCGACAAAGCUUCAAGGCGCCCACCACUGUGCCGCCGCAGGUGUUUACUCCGGAGUCGAUCGCCCAGGUCGUGCAGGUUCAGCAGCAGAAUCUGAUCAGGCAGCAGCAGGAGGUCACGCCUAGCGUAGAGAAGGUCCUGCAGAAAAUCCCACUUUCUUCGACGAAACGCGCUACCUUCAAGUGGGACCAACCGGGCGCGACGCCGGAGGAAUUGCUGUUUCAGUACGGCCAGAGCUACGGCUGCCCUCCGAUCUACAAGAUCUUCGAAGUGAAGCAGCGCUUUCACUGCAAAGUCACGAUCAACGGCACGGUGUACCGAACCUACCCCACCGAUUACGCGACCGAGCUGGAGAGCAAGUCGGCCGUCGCCCGGUGCGCCAUCGAAGCCAUCCGACGCAGCGAAUCGCGCCAAUUCCGCGAGUGUGACGACACGGACGAUGCAAUCGCCGCGAAGAUCUACGACCUGCUGCUCCCGUGCCAGUACGGCAUGCAGCUGGACAACGUCCCGAAAGCGUUCCGCGACUCGCACGGUUCUCUGCUGCCCAAGCACUGGAAGCUGAUCGUGCAGGCGAACCUGACGCGGCUGUUCAAAACCGAGGAGAUUCCGAACCACAGCGUGAUUGUGUUUGCCGCCCGCACGGAGAAAACUCCGCUCUCGCCGCAGGCCCAGCGAAUGUCGGCCAACGUGCUCGAACUGCCCUGGAGUGAGGAUGAGUGGGACCUGUUCGUGACGCAUCCGGUUUCGCUGGGCGAAAUCUGGGCCCGGCUUGUCGGCGCCGAGUACAGCGACAAAAUGGGAGAAAUGCUGACCGAAAUCGAGAAGACGAUGGAGUGCGCGCAACGCUGUCCGAAAGCGUCGGUAACCGCCGGAGAGUACUACCUCGUCCCGAUGAACGACAGCUGGUUCCGGGUGCGUGUUGACGCACUCGAACCCACUGGAAACACCGUCACCGUCUUCUUCGUGGAUCUCGGUGGCACCUGUUCGAUCCCGAUGAACCAAAUCUACGCGUGCGAGCCACGCUUCCUGGAGCUUCCCGGCCAAGCGAUCUGCUUCGCGCUGCACGGACUGCAAGACCUCGGCGACAGUCCCUUCGUUGAGUCGUACCUGCAGGAUAAUGUUAGCGGAAAGGUGCUGAUUGGCCAGGUGCACACCAGGCGGGAGCAGUACGAAGCGGUGAACGAUGACAUGACCGGGUACGGGGACGUGCCGAUAUCGAUCACGCUGUUUGAUACCACAACGGAGACCGUCAAUAUCAACGAAGACCUGAUGAAGGGUAUCCGCAAUGAGUCGCCGGAACGAUGAAGCGGAGGUUACGUUACGAUUCGAACGUAUGUGAAUCAUUAUAAUUCUAACUGUUUGACUGAAAUGAUUUGUUUUUUCUUUUAUGUUACUUGCUCUUCGAGUUAUCGACAACAUUUUUGAACUUAAUAAACACAUAGUGAACAGCUUA